CGUCAUCGUGAGGGAGCGCGCGCCGCGGGUACCCCCGUGACGUCAUUAGAAGCGGCGGAGACUCCGCGCGUGAGAGGUCGGCGCUUGCGAUACAACCACAACUACCACCACAACUAUAACCACCACAACUACAACCACCACAACUACAACCACCACCACAACUACUACACCACAACCACCACAACUACAACCACAACUACUACACCACAACCACCACAACUACUACACCACAACUAAAACCACAACCAAUACACCACCACUACUACAACCAUCACAACUACAACCACCACCACUACUAUAACUACAACCACCACCACAACUACAACCACAACUACUACACCACAACCACCACAAAUACAACCACAACUACUACAACCACAACUACUACAACCACAAUCACAACUACAACCACUACAACCACAACCAUCACCACAACUACUACAACCACCACAACUACAACCACUACAACCACAACCACUACAACCACCACAACCACCACUACUACACCACCACCACUACAGCACCACCAUAACUACACCACCAUUAUUACAACUACACCACUAUUACAACUACACCACUACUACAACUACACCACCACUACUACACCACCACCAAUACACCACCACUACUGCACCACCACUACUACAGCCACAACCACCUCUACACCACCACCACUACAGCGACUACUAUAGUCACUACUGCCUCAGCCACAACAGCUACUACAAUACACAGCAUCACGUGCUACUACUACAAGCCACAGCAUCACGUGGUACUACUACAAGCCACAGCAUCACGUGAUACUACUACAAGCCACAGCGUCACGUGCUACUACUACAAGCCACAGCGUCACGUGCUACUACUACAAGCCACAGCAUCACGUGGUACUACUACAAGCCACAGCAUCACGUGCUACUACUACAAGCCACAUCGUCACGUGCUACUACUACAAGCCACAGCAUCGCGUGCUACUACUACAAGACACAGCAUCACGUGGUACUACUACAAGACAGCAUCACGUGGUACUACUACAAGCCACAGCAUCACGUGCUACUACUACAAGCCAUAGCAUCACGUGCUACUACUACAAGCCACAGCGUCACGUGCUACUACUACAAGCCAUAGCGUCACGUGCUACUACUACAAGCCACAGCGUCACGUGCUACUACUACAAGCCACAGCGUCACGUGAUACUACUACAAGCCAUAGCAUCACGUGCUACUACUACAAGCCACAGCAUCACGUGCUACUACUACAAGCCAUAGCGUCACGUGCUACUACUACAAGCCACAGCAUCACGUGCUACUACUACAAGCCAUAGCAUCACGUGCUACUACUACAAGCCACAGCGUCACGUGCUACUACUACAAGCCACAGCAUCACGUGCUACUACUACAAGCCACAGCAUCACGUGAUACUACUACAAGCCACAGCGUCACGUGCUACUACUACAAGCCACAGCGUCACGUGCUACUACUACAAGCCACAGCGUCACGUGCUACUACUACAAGCCACAGCAUCACGUGCUACUACUACAAGCCACAGCAUCACGUGAUACUACUACAAGCCACAGCAUCACGUGCUACUACUACAAGCCACAGCAUCACGUGAUACUACUACAAGCCACAGCAUCACCAUCACCACCACUCGCUGCUGGCACUGCCCACUGCCAAUCACCGCGGGCAGAGCGCCGACUCCGCCUGUCGCGUGGACAGCAGCGACACGGGGACAGCAGCAGCGUGUGUGAGGGGGGUUUCACGCUGGCAUCGUUGUACAUUGAUGGCACUUACAUUGGACAGCACGAUCGAGAAUUGUUAGAAAAGAUUCACCAAGACCUUGAGCUGUUCACUCAGCAGCUGUCCCUUAAAAAAUACAGGGUGCUGGUGUUCCCACCGCUGAGCAGCCGCUGCCGGUUCCUCACCCACACGGCCGUGGGGCGCCACAAACAUCUCAGCAGCUUCUCCAUCGGCGUCGGCAGCCAGCGCCGCACCGUCGUCUGCCACAGAGACCUGCGGUGCACUCCACAAGUCGGUGAACCGUCAAACCGCAGCGGAUAUUUUUGUUCAGAAGCUCCGACCGCGUCGACCCGAGCUGCCGGAGCGGGCGAAGGCGCGAGGGUUGCGGGCGGCGGUAGAAUCGGCAUGGAGGGUAGGAGGAGCGUGGGCAACCCGGCACGCAGGCGCCAGAAGCGACCGGACAUCCAGCUGUACGUACCGCGGGGGCGGAGGCACGAGGGUGCCGCCGAGAAUGGGGAGGGCGGCGGCGGUGGCGAUGUGCCGGAGGAGGCCGUGGCAGGGGGGGCGGUGGUGGGGGGGCGUGCGCGGCAAGGAGGCGACGCGGACGGCACGGCUGCCACACCCGCCGCCGCAGCGGAGAGGGCGUCCACAAAAACCAAAACGAGUCGGCGGGGGUCGACACACGACCGCAGGGAUGUCGCCAGGAGGAGCGCGGCGCGACGCGGCGACACGACGGUCGCGGAGGGCGCCGGCGAAGUUGCGCCAACGCCGAGCGAUUCCGUGGGAAUGGGCGCCGAUCUCGGGGGAAUGGGUUUUGCGAACGAGCACGGCUCCGUGCAGGGCAGUGAUGAUGAUAAUUCAAACGAUGCCACUCCAUCCUUGCCCCUAAAUGUUUUACGGGUGUCAAACGACGAGGCGCCGCCCGGCUCCGUCGAGUUCAAACGCUUGCCAGGGGAUACGGACGUCCGUGAGGCCGACGACGCGGACGCCGCGCGCUCCCACAGCGGCCGCCGGAGUGCCGUGGAGGCGCGAGUCGCCUGCGGUGCCGCCAACGCGCCAGGAGACAGCGACGUGGACCCUGCACUACACGGCGACCGUAGGGCAUCGCCAGCCGUGCCCUCGCAGGCCGACUCCCAGUGCUCGCGGUCUGCCAAUGUGCCUGGCUGUGAGAAGCAGCUUUUAGCAGCGGAGGCAGAUGAAAAUCCAAACAGCCCACCCAUCACUACCAAAGACAACUGGGAUGAUGACGAUGAUGAUUUAUCGAAUAAAACUCCAGCAAAGGGUCUUGUACCUGCCACACCACUGUCCCUUGCAGAAGAGUUACGGUCCCGCUGUGUGGUGGAAGUCGGCGAUGCUCAUUGCUUGUCGGAGGUGGCUGCCCCGGUCGUCACGUGUGAUGCCGCUCUACCGGCAGUGGUGGGAGUAGCUGUGGGAGGAGAAGCGGGAGGAGAUGCAGGAGGAGAUGUGGGGGGAGAUGCGGGAGGAGAUUGGCGGGGAUGGAGGUGA